GGAGCAGAAUCCAGGCACUAAAGGCCUGAGUGGUCAGUGAGGGUUUAAAUCAUGCAGGAAACUGGCAGGAUCACCUGAAUAAUCUUAAAACCUUUUUAAAAAUUUGCUUGGCGCCUGUAGCUCAGCAGCUAGCGCGCCAGCCACAUACACCAGAGCUGGCAGGUUCGAACCCAGCCUGGGCCUGCCAAACAAUGAGAACUAGAACCAAAAAUAGCCGGGCCUUGUGGCGGGUGCCUGUAGUCCCAGUUACUUGGGAGGCUGAGGCCAGAGAAUCGCUUAAAUCCAAGAGUUUGAGGUUGCUGUGAGGUGUGACGCCACAGCACUCUACCCAGGGCGACAUAGUGAGACUGUCUCAAAAACAAAAACCCACACCUUUUAAAAAACGGAAGUCUUCACACAAAAGGUUUGUAUGUGCUGCCCUUUUGAGAAUAUUGUUAAGGAAGGGCGAGAGGAAAUAGUAGCACAAGAAAAGAUCAGGGAUUCACCCCAUUCUUGAAAAUAGCCCUUUGCUCCUUUCAGUUGGCAUUCCUAGGGAUGGGGGACAGGACAGCUUCCAGCCUUCUUUUAAAUAUACUCCAGAAAUUCAAGCUGAAGGGGUAGUGAGAGAUGCCACCUUUGACAACUGCCCGGGUUGGUGGGCCAGCCAGGCAUUGGCAAGAAAAGAGGAGACAAUACAGUCGAGGAAAGAGCAGAGUGCGGGUACUCUGGACUCCGGGUAGUUUCUGUUCCCACCUGGGUAAUUUACUUAAUCUGAGCACCCUGUUUCCUUACCUGUAAAAUGGAAACAAUUAUGCCUACCUUUCAGGGUGGUUUUGAGGAUUAGAGACUAGUGUCUGGCACAUAGUAGGUAAUCGUAAAUGGGUACUAUUAUUGGGCCCAACCCCUCGUUAUGGGACAGAACGGGCUAACGGACGUGUCAGAAUCUGCGACCUCCCGGUCUUAGAGGGUAGAGAGGCCUCCUCCCUCUAGGAGGUGGGGACACGGUGGAGGCGGGGCAGCAGGAGGAGGAGCUCGCGCAUCGCGACCCGCCCCGUCCCGUCCAGUCUAGUCUGGGCGCAGAGGGAACGCUGUCCAAGCCGCCACCACCCGAGCAGCCUGCCUUGGUGCCCUGGUGCCCCGCGCCGCGUCCAGUCAUGACCCUGCGCCCCUCACUACUCCCGCUGCAUCUGCUGCUGCUGCUCAGUGGGGCUAUGUGCCGGGCGGAGGCUGGGUUUGAAACCGAAAGUCCCAUCCGGACCCUCCAAGUGGAGACACUGGUGGAGCCCCCCGAACCGUGUGCGCAGCCGGCUGCUUUGGGAGACACGCUUCACAUACACUACACGGGCAGCUUGGUAGAUGGACGCAUUAUUGAUACCUCCCUGACCAGAGACCCUCUGGUUAUAGAACUUGGCCAAAAGCAGGUGAUCCCAGGUCUGGAGCAGAGCCUUCUAGACAUGUGUGUGGGAGAGAAGCGAAGGGCAAUCAUUCCUUCUCACUUGGCCUAUGGAAAACGGGGAUUUCCACCAUCUAUCCCAGCCGAUGCAGUGGUGCAGUAUGAUGUGGAGCUGAUUGCACUGAACAGAGCAAACUACUGGCAAAAGCUAGUGAAGGGCAUUUUGCCUGUGGUAGGCAUGGCCAUGGUGCCAGCCCUCCUAGGCCUCAUUGGGUAUCACUUAUACAAAAAGGCUAACAGACCUAAAGUCUCCAAAAAGAAGCUCAAGGAAGAAAAACGAAACAAGAGCAAAAAGAAAUAAUAAAUGGUAAUUAAAAAAACAAAA